ACUGCUAGUCCGCCGCCCCGCGAAGUCGGCAGCCAGGCAGCUGGGGAUGAUGGUUACCCUCGGCUGAAGCGCUGGAGGGUCCAUUCUUCCACCUCUCCAGCCGGGGCUCCAUCGAUCUGCCUGACCUCUGCGUACGCCGAUGAAUCGUCGAUAUUUCUCUUGCGUGGUUGUACCUCUCCUUCCUUUAUUUGUCCCCGUGAGAUUCAUUCUGCCAAUCUUGUAAUCAGUGUAGACGCCUGUCUAUUCCACCAUUGGCUUAGAGCAACAGACGCCCUCCUCACAAUGUCGUCUUCACUUACACGAGCCAUGAGGCCAGCCGUCCGCGGCACACGCGCUCUCGUGUCCAAGACCACAACCAGCACCGCCUCCGCGACUCUGCGAUCGAGCGUCGCCAGACCAGCGGCCGCGCGUGCCUUCACGACCACGUCCGUCCGCGCCCACGCCCAGCCCGUGGACAUCUCCGACCUCACGCCCACGCCCAUCACCCACCUCUCCGAGACCGAGGCCGCCAUGGCGGACGCCGUCUCCAAGUUCGCCAACGAGGUUGUCCUCCCCAAGGCGCGCGACAUGGACGAGGCCGAGUCGAUGGACCCGGCCAUUGUCAAGGCGCUCUUUGAGCAGGGCCUCAUGGGCAUCGAAAUCCCCGAGGAGUUUGGCGGCGCGGGCAUGAACUUCACGUCGGCCAUUGUGGGCAUCGAGGAGCUGGCGCGCGUCGACCCCAGCGUGAGCGUCAUGGUCGACGUGCACAACACCCUCUGCAACACGGCCCUGCUCAACUACGGCAGCGACCACCUCAAGCAAAAGUGGCUGCCCCGGCUCGCCACCGACACGGUCGCCUCCUUCUGCCUGUCGGAGCCGGCCUCGGGCUCGGACGCGUUCGCCAUGCAGACCAAGGCCACCGAGACGGCCGACGGCUUCUCCAUCACCGGCGGCAAGAUGUGGAUCACAAACUCCAUGGAGGCCGACUUCUUCAUCGUCUUUGCCAACCUCGACCCCAGCAAGGGCUACCGCGGCAUCACCGCCUUUGUCGUCGAAAAGGGCACCCCUGGCUUCGAGAUUGCCAAGAAGGAGAAGAAGCUCGGCAUCAAGGCCUCGUCCACGUGCGUCAUCACCUUUGACGACGUCAAGAUCCCCAAGGAGAACCUGCUCGGCGAGCGCGGCCACGGCUACAAGUACGCCAUCUCCCUCCUCAACGAGGGCCGCAUCGGCAUCGCCGCGCAGAUGACCGGCCUCGCGUGGGGCGCCUUUGACAACGCCGCCAAGUACGUCUGGAACGACCGCAAGCAGUUUGGCAGCCUCAUUGGCGAGUUUCAGGGCAUGCAGCACCAGCUCGCCCAGGCCUGGACCGAGAUCGCCGCCGCCCGCGCCCUCGUGUACAACGCCGCCCGCAAGAAGGAGGCCGGCGAGGACUUUGUCAAGGACGCCGCCAUGGCCAAGCUCUACGCGUCGCAGGUCGCGCAAAAGGUCAGCGGGCAGGCCAUUGAGUGGAUGGGCGGCAUGGGCUUUGUGCGCGAGGGUCUCGCCGAGAAGUUCUGGCGCGACAGCAAGAUUGGCGCCAUCUACGAGGGCACCAGCAACAUCCAGUUGAAUACCAUCGCCAAGUUGUUGCAGAAGGAGUACACUCAAUAACGGAACGACGUCUAUGAACAUGGAGUUGGGGCAUAUCACGGGCGUAGAAUAGCAUGAAUACACUAUUAGACAACCUACA